AAACAAAUUAAAAGAUGACUAAAUAAACCUUUUGAACAUUAUUCUUAUCUUUUUUUUCAUAAUUUAUAAUUACUUAAAUCUCAAUUAUUUCAUAGCCACGAUUGUCAAUUGCCUUCAUUUUUUUUUUUUUUUAAAUUUCUUUCUUUCUUUUGAAAAAUUUAGCAAAUAAUAACGUAAUGUGUAACAUUUUCUUUACGAGAUGUGUAAGAAAUUCUUGGAAAAGCAGUUUCAAUCUAAGGUUGAAUUGUUUCAGUAUAACCCACACAUAAGUACUGGUUAACAUAUACUCUUUUACUUGCUAAUUGUUAGUUAGUUUUUUUUUUUUUUUAAUUCCAAUAAUUAAUCUUGUUAAUCGCACCUAAUUUUGUAACAUGGUGUAGAAAGCCUGAUUAAUUACCCAUUUGAAGAAAAAAAAGUGAGAAUUUCAAAAAGCUUUCUUCUUUUAGAAAGUUACCUGUUAUACCGUUAAUCUUCUAUAGUUCUAAUCGUUAAACCCCAUACAAAAACCCUUUCUUGCAGACAAUGCUCUUUUGUUCAUUUCAAAAGAAUGGCAUUCUCUGCUAAAACCUCACAAAUUCCUCUGCACCUAGAUUCCAAAACUCCCAAUUCCUCAAAUUCUCAACACCCUAACUUCAGAAAGGCCUUAGCUUUCUCUUUCAAACCCCUCAAAACCCAUCCUUUCUCUUCACUAAAAUCACCCAAAACCUCACUCACCACCACUAAUACCUCUUUAUCCACCACACAAAACCCAACAAAUUCGCAUUUGUUACAACUAUGCCUUGAGGGUAAGCUGGAACAUGCUAUAAAACACCUUAAUUCUAUGCAAGAAUUGAAAAUUCUAGUUGAAGACGAAACCUUUAUUGCUUUAAUAAGAUUAUGUGAGAACAAAAGAGGUUAUACAGAGGGUGAUUAUGUGUUUAAAGCUGUUUUGAAUUCACUGGUUAACCCAUUAAGUGUUAGGUUGGGUAAUGCAUUAUUGAGUAUGUAUGUAAGGUUUAGUGAUUUGAAUAAUGCAUGGAAUGUGUUCGGGAGAAUGGGUGAGCGAAAUUUGUUUUCUUGGAAUGUUUUAGUUGGUGGGUAUGCGAAAGCUGGGUUUUUUGAUGAGGCAUUGUGUUUGUAUCAUAGGAUGUUAUGGGUUGGUAUCAAGCCUGAUAUUUAUACUUUUCCUUGCGUUUUGAGGAGUUGUGGUGGUGCAAAUGAUUUUAUUAGAGGAAAGGAGAUUCAUUGUCAUGUUAUUAGAUUCGGGUUUGAGACGGAUGUUAGUGCUGUUAAUGCUUUAAUCACCAUGUAUGUAAAAUGUGGAUGUGUUGGCUCAGCACGCACAGUGUUUGAUAAAAUGCUCCAAAGAGAUAGGAUUUCUUGGAAUGCGAUGAUUUCAGGAUAUUUUGAGAAUGGUGAAUGUGUGGAAGGGUUAAAUUUGUUUCUCCAGAUGCUUGAGCUUUCGGUUGAUCCAGAUUUGAUGACCAUGACUAGCGUGAUCUCUGCUUGUGAGCUUCUUGGUGAUGAUAGAUUAGGGAGGGAAAUUCAUGGAUACGUAGUGAGAACAGGGUAUGGCAAUGAUGUAUCAGUGCAUUCUUUGUUGAUACAAAUGUAUGCAAGUCUUGGCUAUUGGAAAGAAGCAGAAAAAGUGUUUUCGGAAACAGAAUGUAGAGAUGUUGUGUCAUGGACAGCAAUGAUUUCUGGUUAUGAGGGCAAUUUGAUGCAUGAUAAGGCCUUGGAAACUUACAAAAACAUGGAGUUAGCAGGUAUUGUCCCUGAUGAGAUCACAAUAGCCUGUGUUCUUUCUGCCUGUGCUUCUUUAGGUCAAUUAGAUUUAGGUAUGAGGCUUCAUGAGCUGGCUAACAGGAUGGGACUAAUGUCAUUUGUUAUUGUUGCGAACUCACUCAUCGAUAUGUAUUCAAAAUGCAAAUGCAUUGAUAAGGCUUUGGAAGUCUUUCAUUGCAUUCAAGACAAAAAUGUGAUAUCCUGGACUUCAAUCAUUCUUGGGCUUCGGAUAAACAACCGGAGCUUUGAGGCGUUGUCCUUCUUUCGAAAAAUGAAACGCAACUUAAAACCAAAUUCUAUUACUUUGAUUUCUGUCCUUUCUGCAUGUGCUAGAAUAGGAGCUUUGAUGUGUGGGAAAGAGAUUCAUGCACAUGCAUUAAAGACUGCAAUGGUAUAUGAAGGAUUUCUACCCAAUGCAAUUUUGGACAUGUAUGUAAGGUGUGGAAAAUUGGGACUUGCAUUGAAUCAAUUUAACUUGUACAAAGAGGAUGUUGCAGCUUGGAAUAUUUUGAUGAGAGGGUACGCUGAGCAGGGGCAAGGAGCAAUGGCAGUUGAGUUGUUCCAUAAAAUGAUUGAGUCUAAAGUCAAUCCUGAUGAUGUGACAUAUAUUGCUUUAUUAUGCGCUUGCAGUAGAUCUGGAAUGGUAGAAGAAGGUCUUGAGCAUUUUAAGAGCAUGAAACUGAAUUUUAUCGACCCAAAUUUGAAACAUUAUGCCUGUAUGGUUGACUUACUUGGCCGUGCAGGAAAACUGAAGGAAGCACAUGAGUUUAUAGAGAAAAUGCCAAUAAAGCCAGAUCCAGCCAUAUGGGGAGCCUUAUUAAAUGCAUGUAGGAUGCACCGGCAGGUUCAUCUUGGGGAAUUUGCAGCCCAGAAAAUUUUCAAGGAGGAUACAGAAAGUAUUGGGUAUUAUAUUCUCUUGUGUAAUCUCUAUGCUGACACUGGUAAAUGGGAUGAACUUGCAAAAGUAAGAAGGAUAAUGAAGGAGGAAGGGCUAAUUGUCGAUCCUGGUUGUAGUUGGAUUGAGGUAAAGGGAAAAGUUCAUGCUCUCCUUAGUGGUGAUAAUUUCCAUCCUCAAAUAGAGGACAUAAAUAUGGUUUUGGAGGGAUUCUAUGAGAAAAUGAAGGCAGCUGGUUUCAAUGUUGAAGAAUACAGUUCUACAGAUAAAGUUGAAACUUCAAGAGCUGAUAUCUUUUGUGGGCAUAGUGAGAGACUCGCCAUUGCAUUUGGACUAAUUAAUACUGCUCCUGGGACACCUAUAUUGGUUACAAAGAAUCUUUAUAUGUGUGAAAGCUGCCAUAGAAGCAUCAGGUUCAUCUCAAAGAUUGUGCGCAGAGAGAUCUCGGUUAGGGACGCAGAACAGUUCCACCAUUUCAAAGAAGGUGCAUGUUCUUGCUCUGAUGAAGGUAGCUGGAAAAAAGUUGACGAGUUAAAACCUUAAAAUUGAAUGUACAGCCAAAUGGACCCCUAAGAAGGUCUGCGGAGAGAUUUCAACUAGAAAUACAGAGAAGUUCUAUCUUUUCAAUGAUGGAUCAAAAACUUGGUAAAGCUUGUGGUGAGAGAAACUGAAGAUAUAUCCACUGGAUUCGUGGCACAACAGCUUAUAAUUGAGCUAUGGAUCAAUCUGUUAGCCCCUUGAAAAAGAAGUAUUGGAUGCAACGAGAGAUGAAUAGAAGUUUGGGAUACAGAUGCAUAAUAAGCAAUGAUGAUUCAGAAAUUGACCUUGCCAUGAUAUGCUGUAGAACUAUAGAAUUUCAGUGAUCUCCAUCCUUCCCAGGGCAUUGCGCCAAUUAAAUGGUUGUUGCUCCCGUGUACAAGGUGUAAUUACAUUUUUCUACUUACAAUAUAAUGUAACUUCUACUGUAAAUUGACUUUCAGGAUUUAUUAGAAGCAGAAGAUAAUAGUAGUUAAGGAAAUAGAAGAAGCAAUAGAACAAAUGCUGUAUAGUUCCGUUAUUGUGUACUUUUCAAAGGAAACAAUAGUUUUUGUGGUA